AUGGUAGAAGAGAUACCGUUGUUUUUCCCACCCGAUAGUAGUGAUUCAUCCGAUAGUAGCAUAUCUUUUUUUUUUCAAAAACCGAUCGAUGAAGCGGAACUAGAAGACACAUGCACAUCUAGUAAGAAAUGUUACAUUCGUCGUGAUCGCGAGGUUGGCCACGAAACCCUUAUGGCGGAUUAUUUUGUCGACGACCCGAAAUACAAUGAAGAUAUUUUCCGUCAUAAGUUUCGUAUGUCAAAACGAUUGUUUUUAAAAAUUGUGAGCGAUGUGGAAGCUAAUAACCUGUGGUUUGAAGAGGGUUUAGAUGGGAGGAUAAAGAAGAGCUUUACACCGUUGCAAAAAGUAACAUCGGGUAUUAAACAACUUGCAACCGGUAACACUCCAGAUGAGGACGACGAGUAUUUACAUAUGGCCGAAAAGACUUCACGUGAGUGUAGAAUAUUUCUGCCAAACGGUAUGUUCAAUUUACGCUCCCGAGUUCUUGCGUAG